AUGACGGAUUCAGCGACAGCGCUUUUAGUUUUUGGUCGGAAAAAAAGACUAGAUAUAUGGACACACUUUGUUUAUAAUUCGGUAGAAAGUAAAACACACUGCACUGUUAUUGCGGGAGAAGGAGAGACGCCAUGUGGCUUCAAAUUAGUUGGGAAGAAAACGACCAACCUGAAGAGGCACUUGAAGGCGCACCAUCCUGCUAUUUAUGCCACGAUCGUACUCAAAAACAGCAACCAGGUGCAAAGAAUCAGAGGAAACAGUCAACUAUCCCAGCAGCGUUCUUCUCCUCAGGACCAAACUACAAAGCAGACUCGCUGGAACAAGGCACUAAAGAAAAGGUACGGAGCCAUAGAGAGGACCCCCUGCGUUGUACAUACACUGCAACUCGUGGUCGAUGAUCCAGAAAGAUUUAAGUGUCAAACCACUCCUUGACAGAAUACGAGUACUUGUCCGGCUCUUCCGCAAGUCGUCUGUGGCAAUUCAGCGACUGCUAAAGCUGAGUGGACUCACUCUGGUCAAAGAUUGCCCUACUAGAUGGUCCAGCACAUACCUGAUGAUAUCACGCCUUCUCCAAGUGAAGGACUCCCUUGUUCAGGUAGCUGAUGAAAUGGGCUGGGACUGUCUACUGCCAAGUGAGUGGCAGAAGCUCACUGCUCUCAGAGACCUGCUCCUCCCCUUUGCUGAGCACAGCCAGAUUCUCCAGAGUGACACAAUGUCCUUAUCCCUGGUGUUGCCCGCCCUCCUGGACCUGAAUGCUCACCUCUCUGAGUUCCCAGACGCCCAGGAUUCUUGCUACAGGGACCUAGCUUCCCUGUCACAGACGAUGAAGGAAAACAUGGGCCAACGCUUCAACUGCUUUCUUGAUCCCAGUGAUACAAAAUUCACACCCCUCAUUGCUGCAGCAUGCUUCCUCGACCCAACAGUCUCACCCGAAGCACUCGUUGAAAAUGAGCAUGACGACGUACAAAUUCAGGAGCUUCUGAGAAAAGCAGAAGAUUACAUUGCUCAGAUGGUGUCACCAGUAAUACGGGAGGAGGAGACUGAUGACAAUGAGGAUGAAGAAGAAAGGAGAGAGGUACCACUACCAGAGACAAAGCGGCCGAGAUUUAGAUUCCUGUCAAAAGCAAGUGCAAGCCGGCCAUCUAGAUCUAGCCUCUCAAAGCCCUGUGUCAGGCAGGAAAUGCUGAAAUUCAAGGAUUCCAUGAACAAAGAGACUGCUCUUGACUUUUGGGCUGCACAGGGUUCUGUUUAUCAGAGCCUAAAACCUCUUGCCUUAGAUCUUCUGGCAAUGCCAGCAUCUCAAGCAUUUGCUGAGCGAGUUUUUAGUAUCACAGGUGACCUCACUCGUGGCCGUCGAAAUAGAGCAAGAGUCAUUUUAGAGAGAAGUGCUUUCCUCAAACUGAAUACAGAUCAGUAGGCUAAAAGGUUGUUAAUGCUACUACGGAUGUCUGUACUUUGUCUGUUACUUGAUAUGAGAGUGCACUACAGAGGUGGUUCCCUCUGAUUGUUUAUAAGGCCAAGUUUAUUCAAGGAUUAUCUUAUUCUAUGUAU